ACGGGGCCGGGCAUGGCGGCGGCGGCCGAGGGUGUCCCAGAGACCCACAGCGAGGAGCCUGUUCGCGAUGACGCCGCCGUGGAGACCGCUGAGGAAGCAAAGGAGCCCGCUGAGGCUGACAUCACUGGACUCUGCCGGGACAUGUUCUCCAAGAUGGCAACUUACCUGACUGGGGAACUGACGGCCACCAGUGAAGACUAUAAGCUUCUGGAAAAUAUGAAUAAACUAACCAGCCUGAAGUAUCUUGAAAUGAAAGAUAUUGCUAUAAACAUUAGUAGAAACUUAAAGGACUUAAACCAGAAGUAUGCUGGACUACAGCCUUAUCUGGAUCAGAUCAAUGUAAUUGAGGAGCAGGUAGCAGCUCUUGAGCAGGCAGCCGACAAGUUGGAUGCGUAUUCAAAAAAACUGGAAGCCAAAUACAAGAAGCUGGAGAAGCGAUGAAAAACUUAUUCCUGUGGGACAAAGUCUUUUUUAAUGUGGGAAGAAUGUUUUAUAAGACCUGAAUCUUGAGGCUGAUGAAUUGUCAAAACUCCUCAAAAGGCAGCUAUGCUGGUUGUCCCAGAAACUUCACAACAUUGGAGUAAACUGAAGGACUGUGGCUACUCCUGGAAGAACUUCUUCUGAGUCAGAAUCCCUCAAAAACUCACGCUUAUAACUCCUUACCUUUUACUUGAAUGCUUCAUCAUCCAUUCAGGACAGAGACUCUCUCAAAUUUGCAUAAACCUGGACUUGCCAGUAGAAUCAAAUGAGCAGGCCAGUUUUCCCUGGUAGCAGUUGAUUACUACAUUAUUUUCUUAAAUGGUUGGUUUUUGAGUUACUGUGUAAAUGGUUUUUUUUUCUAUUAAGGAUGUAAUGUAUUG